CUCUCUAGGUAGUGUUUAAUGAUCCCCUCCCCGUUCCCGGUGCGGUCAAGUAAGAUAAUUUCUAUUUUCUCCAAUUAGCCUGCGACUGCGUUUUGAUCAUCGUGAGGCUCAAAAGAUGUUGCCCUUUCAAAACAGAUUGAUGUCCCCCUUUCGAUUAUUCUUCUCCUCCGCUUCGAAUUUUCCUAACCCUAAUGAUAAAACAAAAGCUACAAGAACUACAACUUUUCCCAACUACACGAUGCGAGUAUCGGAUGCAAUAGAAAUACUCUACGUUUCUAGUAAGACUAUGACCUCAACAACGUCCACCACCUCUUUCACGUCUUCUACUGUAAUUAGUUUGUCCAAGAACUUCCAAAGUUUUCCAACUUGUGGCACCUUUCUGGUGCUUGUUUCGCCCUUGUCAGGAUGACAUCCGCAGCUGCGCAAAAGCUGCAAUAUUUAAGCACAAAGAUAGCCCAAACGGAUUGGCUGAAACUAGUUUCCGCACCACAAGACCUGGGCGACGGUCGGAACCCACUCAGCGCUCGGCAUAUCUUCCAACGACAGUCCACUUCGACUUCAGUGGUAUUGUUGAGAUUUCAUGAUUGAGAGAGGUGAAACAAUAUGAAUUUGUACAAAAUAGAAGGAGAAGACGGAGGAAAAAGAAAGUGAAGUGCAACAAACUAAUUAAUGUGUCUUACAUACCCCACGAUUGGGUACACUACUACUACUACUACUGACUGUAAGACUAAGGAUCAUAACUGCUUCAUCGUUGUUUUUCAGUUGGGUGCCGUCAGGCUUACGGAACGCCAUACAUAGUAAAAUUGACAAACCAAAAAUCAAAAUUCAACACUUACUCACUUCCUUGUCAUAUUGAAUGGAAAUCACACAAGCAACGCGAUCCUCUCCUAUUUAUCACAGGACUCGCAAGGAGGUGUCGAUACGUCUAAAGUUUUGUUGGAGCGCAAGGGAAGUCCUCUCUCGACGGAGGGCGACGACGGUCACGAAGGAAGUGACUCGGAGAAUAGUACCCAUAGUUACGAUCGAGCGCCCCUGUCUGCUCGCAUAUCCUUAAGCGGCGAAGACAACACAGCUGCACUGAUCAGUCGUCUUAGUGCGGGUGGCGGACUCGUCGGCGCAUCAAUUUAAGGUGGAACAAUUUGUGCUUUUGUCAUGUUUUAUCAUCAUAGAUUUGUUUGUGGCGGUCUUGGUUUCUUUCAUGUAGCAUCUGCAUUUCUUUGUGCCAUAGAUGGCGAUGCUCUAACUAAAAGGACCAUCUAGCUCCGCACAAGACGAUAGCAAAGAAGGGGAGUCGACGGAGGACGAGGGGCGAACGUCUACCUCAGGGAGGUUACUGCAGUCUUGCCUGCCGCUUCUUAGUGGUGCUUCCCGAAAGAAGUACUCGCUAGAACGGACAGCAGUAGUGGGCACCACUUUUCUGGCACACGGGGAUAAGCGAUCGUCUGUUCCAGCACGAUCACCAACAACCUCAACAAUAUCUACCAGUGCACCCUCUUCACGGUGGAACAGUCUAGUAUCGUCGCAACGGGGAAGUCUAGGACCACGUGCUAGUUUGGGUGGCGGCCCAACUUCAGGAGGUUCGAUUUGCUUCCGCGGUCCGUCUGGAGGCGCUGCCAGCUUUCCGCAUCUAGCGCAGCAGACCUUCGCUGCAGGUCGCAUUUCAACAGGGGAGCCAACUUUCUUCCCGCAGGACGAGCCAGCGAAGCCCUCGACUAUUGUGCCAGACAACAAAAACCAAGCUGCAAACGAGAAUAAUAUUAAGGCUUACUUAGUACGGUUACGGUAGUUCAUCUUGAGUCACUCAACUUGAGUUUGAGAAGCAUCUUACUUUGGCCUCUUCUUCAAGGGGAAGACAAACGUGUCAUAGUUCAUGGGUUUCAAGAUGAGGGAUUCAAUAUGACGGGUGCUCUAGGGCGUGCUCUAAUAGUAGUAUUUCAGAGCAGACACGUGUGUCCGGUGCGGGGACGAGUAUCUACGGCAGUUUGUCGGUUCCACGAGACGCUACACUUCCGUCUUAUUCUACCACAGCGAGUAGUUCUCCGCUAGGUUUCUCCGCAGGGUUUCCUCAUAUUAAUAUUAAGGCUCCACAUGAUAAUUCAUUUGAAAGUGUCAUUUUGUUAUUGUUCCUUUGUUUUGUUCUAGUUCUCAGAAUAUAGAGAAAUUAUGCGCGAAAGAAAUGGAUUACAACUUCGCUUUCGUUGAGCUCUAAUAAUCCUUUCGGCGGGUGCGAGUCUCCGCCACAACCGGAGACGCCGCCAGCUGCGACAUCACCGCUGGUAACAGAAGCCGGAGGGGAAGUGGUAAAACUGACGAGCGAGGAAGGCGACAUCACACCUAUCCGGAUACGACUGACUGUUACGGGUUACCACAGUGCAUUCUUCAUUAUCAUCCUCGGCUCUUGUUCCAGUGUCAGGGAUAACCUGAAGAAUGCAAUGUCGCAAUCUCACUCUAAGACUGAGCAAGACGUCUUUCCUUUGGAGCCGAAGCGCGAAACUAGCGAAUUUCUGAGCAAGAGGGGGACCACGCCGUGUGAU